AUCGUGGUUUAGAAAAAUUUUCAACUGCGAAAACAGUACAACGGGAACAUUGAACGACAACGUAUCGAAAAAAACGAACCGAAAAUCAAACUAAACAUUUAACGCUCGAAUAACCAACUUUUAACAUACCAAAGAAAAAAAACACAAAUUAAAUAGAAAAGCUCAUUUAAUAUUACAGUUGAUAAAGAAACCACCAUCAAGAAGAAAAUUUGCCAACUAAGCAUAGGAUAUACAAAAAAUAAAAUUCAGAAACGAACGAACAAACGACCCUCUACCAUAUAGAAAAAUCAAAUUUUUGGCAGACAUAUUGUACUUUAAAUUAAAACAAAGAAAAAAUAAUUAAUUUAACAAAAAAAAAAAACACCUAGUGUUUAAAUUCAAAGAAAAGAAAAUCAAUAUUUUGAAUUCUAAAGGUUAAAGGCUUUGAAGCUGCAGUCAAACAACCACUCACUCACUCUUUCACUACAAUGACCGGCCAUAUGGUUGCAUGAAAAAUAAAGAAAAUCUUUAAAAAUUAAAACAACAAAUAUUUAAGAGAAAACUGAUACUUUUAUUAUAAUCAAAUUGUGAUUUGUUUAUAACUUAUUAAAAAAAUUCGAGGAAAAAGUUUUAGUCAGCAAUAAACAACAAUAUGUUUGCAGCAAUAGUGGGCGAUAUCCAAUUGAAAACACUUGUGGCCCUUAUUAUAUUGCUUAAUAUUCUGGGUCAAUGCGAAAUGUCAAUUUAUCCAGGUCUCCGACGAAGACCUCUGCAACAGGCACCCGCCUCAUUCGAAGUCAAUUCGGACUUUCUAACCCAACUAAUGGAAGAGAAUGCCCGACGACGUUUACAACAACAGUUCGAACAACAUUUAGAAUUAAUUAAUAUGCAACUAAUGCGACAACGUCAGCGAGAAGAACGUUUACGUGAACGUUAUCGUCAACAUCAAUUAGCAGCCAUGGCAGCAGAAAAUGAAGAAUACGAAUACAUGCAAAAGAUGAAAGAACAAAAUGAGAAUAGUCUCAAUAAUAAUAUACAACAAUAUGACCAAUAUGAUAAUACAAAUCCAGAUUUCUCCUAUAAAUAUCCCACGAUUAACAGUUUGGAAAAUCAAAGAGGAAGAAUUAAGUUUGCCGUGCCACCCACCGAUUUGCGUUACUAUGAGGUGGACGAUGAUAGAAACGAAGAUGAAGAGGCUGGGGAAAACAACGAAGUAACUGUGAUUAGAGGAGAGAAUGAUGGUGAUGUUGAUGCUGACGACGCUGCUGAAGUAGAGGGCGUGGAGGUGGAUAAGGAAGAAGAUUUAGAUUCUAGAGUGUUAGAAGAAUAUGAAGAAUAUAAACCUAAUGAGGAGGAGCAAAAUAAUAACAAUAAGGAAGGUAAAAAUGGCGAAAUAAAGAACUCGGUGGGAUCAACUAUGAUAUUGUCACCAGCACAAGCUGGUGUAGCGACACCAACAAGCGGUAAUACCAAUUUCCAUAGAAUUAAACCACAGACAGCAGCGGCCGCAGCAGCAGCUGGUGUUAAUACCCUAAAUGUACAGCAGACACAAAAUGGUGUAGCACCAGCUAGACAGGAUAUUACCACCCUCAUCGAUAAAUUGCAUCCAAAAAUCGAACAAACACCACAGGCCGAAAUGAACGAGGGUCAUAUGGUGCUGAGGGAACAUUUAGGCAUGAAGGGAGAAAUGGGCAUGUAUGUGGUGGCUUUAAUAGCGGGUGUUAGUGCUGCGGCUACAGUGGGCUUAUUCGUUUUGGGAAUAGCCUGGUAUACUUUCCAUAAUAAAAGCAAGGCCGCGGCCGAUGUUGAAUAUCCCGCCUAUGGUGUAACGGGUCCAAAUAAAGAUAUAUCGCCUUCGGGUGAUCGUAAAUUGGCUCAAAGUGCUCAAAUGUAUCAUUAUCAACAUCAAAAACAACAGAUUAUUGCUAUGGAAAAUAGGCAAAAUAAUGAAGAAAACUGUGAAAUGUCCUAUGUGGAAAGUGAUGAUGAUAAUGAGGAGGGUGAUUAUACUGUUUAUGAGUGUCCUGGUCUAGCUCCGACUGGUGAAAUGGAGGUUAAGAAUCCUUUAUUCUUGGAUGAUACACCCGUAACACCCGCUUUAGGCAAUCAUCCCAUAACACAGGUUUCAGCCCAGCAGCCUACGGUUAAAAAGCUCUUUGAGAAGACACAUAGUACCACAAAUACCGCGUUGCCAACUAACACUACAUUAGCAGCAGCAGCCGCCGCCAUCACCGCAGCGUCUUCCGAGGAUAAAAAACAAAAGAAAAGUAAGAAGUAAAUUCCAAAAAAAAAUUUUUUUUGCUAAAAUAUAUACUUUUCUUCUUAAAGUUUUGUAAAAAAAAGUACUAACUAUACAAAAAGAAACGUAAAAUCCUUUUUUUAAAUUUUACAAAACCAACAUUUCUUUUAACCGAAAAAAUCACUCUAUUGGUUACAUAAUGACUCUCUAUAACUAACAAAUUUUUCAUCUCAACCUUGUAUAACAAAGGAAACCUUUAGAAACAUUAUAUUAUCUUGAACGAUAUGAAAAAGAUUAUAUUAGUUAUAGUAUUUCAUUAUAUAAUCAAUGGCUAACUGAACCGUAAUACUUUUGGUAUUUGAAUUAUUUGAGUUAAACUCUGGUAACCAAGGAAUUUAAUUCCUUUAAUUUAACAGUUGAGAAAACAAUUCAAUUAUAAAAAAAAACAACACAUUUUAUUCUUAAACUAAGUUAUAUUAUUAGUAUUUUUUUUUUAGAUUUAAGUUUAAUCUUUUCCAAAUUUCUUCCUUAACUAUAAGUAAAAUAAUAAAAAUUUAUUAUUAAAUUAUUAAAAUAACAUUAAAGAAGAAUCAACACUUUAACAAUCUUUACCAAAAAAAAAAAAAAAUAUAUGUACCAAAGACACAUUUU